GAGCAUCACUCUGAGAUGAUUCCUAGCUCUCCAUCUGUCCAGCAGCAACAAGCCCAGCUGGACUCCAUAUUUAUGCUACUGGAAGACAACAUAUUCACAUUUGUGAAGAACGAGCUGAAGAAGAUCCAGAAGCUUCUAAGUCCAGAUGACCCUGAACACUCAGAUACUCAGGAGGUUCAAGAGGAGGUGUUUGCAGGUGAGGAUGAAGAGAAGAGGAGGAGCAGCAGCGAGGCACUGAUGAAGAUUACAGUGAACUUCCUGAGGAUGAUGAAGCAGGAGGAGCUUGCUAACCAUCUGCAGAACAAGAUUCCUGCUUUAGUGUGUCAACAUAAACUUAAAUGUGCUCUGAAGAAGAGGUUCCAGUGCGUGUUUGAGGGGAUCGCUAAAGCAGGAAAUCCAACUCUUCUGAACCAGAUCUACACAGAGCUCUACAUCACAAAGGGAGGCACUGGAGAGGUUAAUGAUGAACAUGAAAUCAGAGUGAUUGAAGAAACAUCCAGGAAACCAAACAGACCAGAAACAACAAUCAGACAAGAAGACAUAUUUAAGGUCUCAUCUGCAGGAGAUCAGCCAAUCAGAACAGUGAUGACAAAGGGAGUAGCUGGCAUUGGAAAAACAGUCUUAACUCAGAAGUUCACUCUGGACUGGGCUGAAGGGAUAGCCCACCAGAACAUCCAGUUCAUAUUUCCAUUCACCUUCAGAGAGCUGAAUGUUCUGAAAAAGAAAAAGUUCAGCUUGGUGGAACUUCUUCAUCACUUCUUCACUGAAACCAAAGAAAUCAGCAGCUUUGAGGACUUCCAGGUUCUGUUCAUCUUUGAUGGUCUGGAUGAGAGUCGACUUCCUUUGGACUUCCAGAACAAGAAGAUCCUGACUGAUGUUACAGAGUCCACCUCAGUGGAUGUUCUGCUGACAAACCUCAUCAGGGGGGAACUUCUUCCCUCUGCUCUCCUCUGGAUAACCACACGUCCCGCAGCAGCCAAGCAGAUCCCUCCUGAGUGUGUUGGCAUGGUGACAGAGGUCAGAGGGUUCACUGAUCUGCAGAAAGAGGAGUACUUUAGGAAGAGAUUCAAAGAUGAGGAGCAGGCCAGCAGCAUCAUCUCCCACAUGAAGGCCUCACGAACCAUCCACAUCAUGUGCCACAUCCCAGUGUUCUGCUGGAUCACUGCUACUGUUCUGGAAGAUGUGUUGAUGUCCAAGGAGACAGGAGAGCUGCCCAACACCCUGACUGAGAUGUACAUCCACUUCCUGGUGGUCCAAACUAAGGUGAAGAAGAUCAAGUAUGAUGGAGGAGAUGUGACGGAUCUGCAUUGGAGUAAAGAUACUAGGAAGAUGAUUGAGUCUCUGGGAAAACUGGCGUUUGAUCAGCUGCAGAAAGGAAACCUGAUCUUCUAUGAAUCAGACCUGACAGAGUGUGGCAUCAAUAUCAGAGCAGCCUCAGUUUACUCAGGAGUGUUCACACAGAUCUUCAGAGAGGAGAGAGGGCUCUACCAGGAUACAGUGUUCUGCUUCAUUCAUCUGAGUGUUCAGGAGUUUCUAGCUGCUCUUCAUGUUCACUGGACCUUCAUCAACUCUGGUGUCAAUCUUAUGCAAGAAAAACAAAGAUAUAAAGGAUCAUUCGUAUCCAAGAAACCUAAACUAAGCUCUCUCCACCAAAGUGCUAUUGAUCAGGCCUUACAGAGUCCAAAUGGACACCUGGACUUGUUCCUGCGCUUCCUCCUUGGACUUUCACUGCAGACAAAUCAGAGACUACUACAAGGUCUCUUGACACAGACUGGAAGUCAUUUACAGACCAAUCAGGAAACAGUUCAGUACAUCAAGGAGAAGAUCAAUGAGAAUCUGUCUGAAGAAAAAACCAUCAAUCUGUUGCACUGCCUAAAAGAACUGAAAGAUGAUUCUCUAGUGGAGGAGAUCCAACAGUAUCUGAGUUCAAAAACUCACUCCAUUGAUGAACUGUCUCCUGCUCAGUGGUCGGCUCUGGGUUUCGUCUUAUUGUCAUCAGGAAAAGAUCUGGAUGUGUUUGACAUGAAGAAAUAUUCCUCUUCAGAGAAGGUUCUUCUGAGGAUGCUGCCAUUGGUUAAGGCCUCCAACAAAGCUCUACUGAAUUCCUGUAACCUCUUACCGAGAAGCUGUGAAGCUCUUUCCCCAGUUCUCAGCUGCCAGUCCUCUAGUCUCAGGGAGCUGGACCUGAGUAACAACAACUUGAAGAACUCAGGAGUGGAAGUUCUCUGUGAUGGGUUGGGGAGUCAGAACUGCAAACUAGAAAUUCUCAGCUUGUCAGGCUGUAUUAUAUCAGAGGAAGGCUGCGCUUUUCUGGCCUCAGCUCUAAGCUCCAACCCCUCCCAUCUGAAAGAGUUGGACCUGAGCUACAACCAUCCAGGAGAUUCAGGAGUCAAGAUGCUGUCAGAUUUGCAGAAGGAACCACAGUCGAGACUGGAAGUUCUCAGUGUCGAGCCAACCGGAGAACGAUGGUUGACACCGGGUCUGAAGAAAUAUUCCUGUCAGAUCACAAUCGACACAAACACAAUUAACAGAAACCUAAAACUCUCUGAAGACAACAGGAAGGUGUCAUUUGUGAAGGAGCUUCAGCCUUAUCCUGAUCACCCAGACAGAUUUGAUGACAUGCCUCAGCUGCUGAGUAAAACUGGUCUGACUGGUCGCUGUUUCUGGGAGGUCUGGUGGAAAGGAAGAGUUAAUAUAUCGCUGAGUUACAGAAGGAUCAAGAGGACAGGAGACAUUAAAGACUGUGGGUUUGGCUGUAAUGAUCAGUCCUGGAAUCUAAACUGCUCUGAAGAUGGUUACACAGUCUGGCACAAGAACAAAACAAUACGUAUUUCCUCCUCCUCCUCCAUACUCGACAGAGUAGCUGUGUAUGUGGACUGUCCUGCUGGCAUUCUGUCCUUCUACAAGGUUUCCUCUGACUCACUGAUCCACCUCCACACUUUCAACACCACAUUCACUGAACCUCUGCAUGCAGGAUUUGGGUUUCUGUGGUCUGAUCCUGGUUCUUCAGUGUUUCUAUGCAGUUCACAUUGAGAGGUGAGGCUAUCUAAAGGGCUCCAUAGACAAUGGCAGUUUCUUUGUUUUAAAAAAAAUCCACUGGUAUUUCUAAAUCUUAACUAUAUUUCAGUAAAUGUCAGGGAUAAAGGGGAUGUG